CUACUAACGUCUAUAUUUACACAAAAAUGCGCACAAUAUUGAAACCGGUUGAAAACAAGACGAACAAAUUUAUUAAAAUGCUAAGUUUUUUUUUUGACGAAUAUAGAGAAUUAAUUAUAUGUAGCUUUACACUAUUUGUAGUAGUCGAGAUAUGUAUGGUUGAUGUCUGCGUCGCAGACACAUCUUCCGCCUGUUUGGGUUUGGGUCUUGUUAUGAAUUUCGGUUGGAUCUUUGGAUAAGCGGCAAACGUGUAUUUCUGAUUAUCAUAUGCAUAAUUAGUGGAAUUUAAAAUCCUAUACGUCAGACGACACGACCUGAACUUGGGCUUAUCGCCGCAGCAUUAGCAGCAUAUAAAAAGAUGCCAGAAGUUCCAUUUCGAUAUCAGUAAGUCUAUUCAAGUCUUCGAGCAAACACCAUGAAGUUCAUCAUUGCUUUCGCCUGCCUGCUGGCUGUGGCCUACGCCAACGAGGAUGCCAAUGUGCUGCGUAGUGAUGCACAAGUUAACGUCGACAGCUUCAAGUACGCUCUGGAGCUCGACAAUUCAGUAAAUGUCAAACAGGAGGGUGAACUCAGGAGUGGAGAUGAGUGGGUGGUCCAGGGAAACCAGGCAUGGACAUCUCCCGAGGGUGUGCCAGUGGCCAUUCAGUACGUUGCCGACCAGAACGGAUACCAGGUGAUCUCUGCCAACCCCGCUCUGCCAACCUCUCCCCCAAUCCCAGAGGCCAUCCAGCGCUCUCUGGACUGGAUCGCAGCCCACCCCCCUAAGGAAUAAGCCAUGUUUACCAAAAAAUAAAAGCAGUUA